AUGGCUAGCAAGGAUCCUGUACCAUCGCCCGCCCAAGGCGUUGGCCCUAAUUAUCAGCCAGACGGUGAGAAGCCCACAGCAACUGUCUCCAAAGAAGUCUCCUACGAAAAUGUCCAUGUGUUGUCCCAAACGCCCCAAUUAAUCGCUCUACUGACGAUGAUUCGCGACAAACGGACUGCUCGGGCAGAUUUCAUCUUCUACUCCAACCGCAUCAUCCGGCUGCUGGUGGAAGAAGGACUGAACCACUUACCCGUAGUGGAACAGUCAGUCACCACCCCGGUCGGACGGGCCUACUUGGGAGUCAAGUUUGAAGGGAAGAUCUGUGGUGUGUCGAUCAUGAGAGCAGGAGAGGCCAUGGAACAAGGGUUGCGAGAUUGCUGCCGAUCUGUUCGUAUUGGCAAGAUUCUAAUCCAGAGAGACGAAGAAACCUGCAUGCCGAAGCUCUUCUAUGAGAAGUUGCCAGCCGAUAUUGCGGAUCGAUGGGUCCUGCUCCUGGAUCCCAUGUUUGCCACUGGGGGAUCUGCAACAUUGGCAGUAGAGGUACUCAAGCAGAAAGGCGUCCCUGAGCAUCGGAUUCUAUUUCUAAAUUUGAUCGCAAGCCCUUCUGGUGUUGCGGAAUUUGCUGAGAGAUUCCCCAAACUUCGGGUUGUCACAUCCUUUAUUGAUCAAGGACUAGAUGACAAAAAGUACAUCAUCCCUGGGCUGGGAGAUUUUGGUGAUCGAUACUAUACCUUGUAG